GUGCUGACGCUGGACCUCAGCAAGCACCUGGUCGGCCCCCUACGCCGGGCGUCCCCGUUCCCGGCCUGGGUUCGGGGGCAGGUCUACGCGUUCGGCGAUCAGUCGAACGAGGACAUCGAGGCGCUGCGGGAGGAGGCGCGCGGCCUCGCCCUGGCCAUGGGCGUCUCUGCCCCGGCUGGGGCUGCUGGCGGCGUCGUGCCGCGCUGGAUCGUCUCGGACCCAGGCUCGCCCGAGUUCUGGCGCGAGCUGGACCUCCACCUCAUCGGGAACCCGGCGCGGCUGAUCAGUCGCGACGCUGUGGGCAUUGCGUUGCUCAGCGAGGAGGAGGGGUGGGUCUCGGUCGAGAGCGCACAGCAGGCCGACGAGGAGGGCCGGCGCGGGGAGAAGCACCGAGGCCCGGGGCGCGACCCGGGGAUCCUCCCGCUGGCGCGGCGGGCUCGCGGGGGCCAGGUGACGCUCGGGGAGGCGAUCGCGAGGAUGAACGCGGUCGACUUUGGCGACUGGCCGUCCUGGGGGCCGAGGGCCCUGCCCGAGCUGCUGGCCGCCAUCCUUGUCACGGGGCUGACCCUCACUUCCUACUGGGGGUACUGGGUCUCGGAGUCACGUGUGUCGCGGAACGCCGGGGUGGCCCAGGAGGUGCGGCACGCGUUGAACCAGCUGCACCACGCCGCGACCUACGACCUCGUGGACCCGUCGAACCUGGCGUCUCUGGAGCUCCUGGGGCGCCGGGUGCUGCAGAUCCAGCGGGCGGUGAAGAGGUGCCCGCGCCACCUGAGCUUCGAGGGCCUCGACCUGACGCUGAUCAGCUCCUUGGACGAGAGCAGAGGCGUCGUGACGUCGAAGUUCGACGCGUUCGUGGCCAAGGAGCAGAAUGCGCAGGGCAUCAUUCUGAAGGAGGAACGGAUGUACCGGGUGGAGCAGGUGUCGGAGGCGAAGAAGUACGAGAGGCAGGGCGACGACAGGGAGAGGGACCCCAGGGCGGACCCGAAGGGCAAGGUGAAGCCGAUGCCCAAGGCCGCCGUGAAGGGGUCGGUCAUCAAGCGAGUCCGACGUCGUGUUCGCGGCUUCGGCGACCGACCGAAAGACAUGGACUGUGCUGGAGCCCUGCAGGAGCUCCUCAAGUGCAAGGAUCUGUACUCGAACAUGGGCGAGGCUUCUACUCGCCGCGACUAUGAUGCUGACAAGCUCAAUGUAUUACGACGUGCGCCACAUGACCGGCCUCGUCAGCUUCGAGACGUCGCCCCUCGGCACGUCACCGAGGCGCUGGACCACUUCAACUCGGACGUCGUUCGGCCCACGCCGAGCAUCCCCGAGGACGAGGUCAUCGUGGAGCCCUACUGGGAUCCUCUCCUCAACCCGCGCGACCCUCGGAACCGACCCCGCCUCGUCGACUUCCUUCGACGACUUGCUGCACGGGGCUUGGUGGAUGGCCGGGCGCGUCGGAAAGCGUGCGUCAGUACCUUCUUCGUGGCCAAGAAGAACGGCGACAUCCGCAUGGUCGUGGACGCUCGUCAGCCCAACCAGCUGCACAAGCUCCCCCCUCGGACUGUGCUGGCAUCCGGUGAGGCGCUGGGCUCGAUCAACUUGCUCGACGCCGUCGGUGCGAGCCCCGAGGACUUGGCGGAUUUCGAUGGCUGCUACGAGUCGCUCUGCGCAGGCUCCGUGGACCUCAUGGACGGGUUCUACCAGUUCGCCGACCCCUCGUGGGGAAGCUGGAUGUGCUUCGACGUGGAGGUCACCGCCGACGAGCUCGGGCUCGACUCGAUCUACGACGAGAAGCUCGGGCGGCGCGUGGCUGUGUCAGGCGACGACGUUAUCUGGCCCUGCUUCGCGGCGUUGCCCAUGGGCUGGAGCUGGGCGCUCUGGAUCUGCCACGAGGUUCUCGUCGACGCGAUGGACGAGGCGGGCCUCCCAGGCGACGGCUGGUGCCUUGACAAAGCCCGUGCGCCGACUCUCGUCGGACAGGCUGUCGUCAGGGCGCCGCACGUCGACAACGGGAAUCUUGUCGCGCUCAGCGCGCCGGCGCUCAACGACCGGCUGGACAAGCUCACUGCUGAACUGGAUCGUCGUGGGCUUCGCUGGCACGAGCUCGAGCGCGCGCAGCCCGGCCUUGUCAUUUUGGGGCUGGUGCUCGACGGGCGCGAGGGCCGACUCAGGCAUACUGCCAAGCGUGCCUGGAGGCUCUACCUGGCUCUGCACCACGUGCUUCGGACGCCAUGGCUCGCCCGCUGGCAGCUACGCGUGCUGGGGUCCUGCUACACGUUCAUCGGAGACGGCGACCUGUCCCCUGUCGCGCGGUUGCCUGGAGAUGUUCUCGGUGAGCUCGCAGUUGCUGCAGGCCUCGUCUUCCUCGGCGAAGUGGACCUGUGCCGCGUGCCGUCCGACGUCGCCUUCACGACCGACAGCUCGCUGCGAGGCUACGCCGUCUGUGAAGCCCGACUGGAGCCGUGGGAGGUACUGGCGGCCACCAGAUGGCGCGAGCGCCAGCGGUUCGUUGCCACCGAGCCCGAGGUCGCGCCCGACGACGAGCAUUACGAAGGGCGGGCCGCCGGCUUUUGCGACAUCUCCGGGCCACUGCCCGUCGAGGUGCCGCCCCGGCGGCGGCGCGCCGUGGCGAAGAGGCGCCGGGUCGAGCUGGAGAUCGGAGUCCCGCCCGAGCCGCUGGCGGCCGCUCUCCUGGACGCUGGCCGCUGGGUGGAGCGCCGCCGUGGCGCGUGGCGCCGACCGGGGCGUAUCCACGCCCUCGAGGCGCGCGCCGCCGUCGCACCGCUAUGGAGAGCGGCAGGCGACGUCAACUUCCACGGGAAGGAGAUCCUCAGCCUGUGCGACAACAUGUCGUCGGUCCUCGCCUUUGAGAAGGGCAGGGCCACCAGUUUUGAGCUCCUGGCGCAGUGCCGCCGGGCUGCGGCUGUCUGCCUCGGGCGCGAGAUCCGCUGGCGCCCGAGGCGCGUGCCAGGCAUACACAACGUCGCGGACCACGGGAGCCGGGCGGCCGACCGUGGGGAGCUCCUCGCGGGACGCUACCGCGGACGAGGCGCCCUGUCGACGCCCACCAGCGGCUGCCGCCGUUCUCCCGUGGUCCCGCCUGCCGCGGGCAGGGCCGAGGCCCCGCCGACCGCGGUCAUCGAGUUUCAGAUCGGACGAGAGCAGCACGCUCCAACGACCGACCCCGACAAGACCAACCUGAGCAUGUUCGAUGCCUCCCUGCUGCACUCGAGCCUCCUGGAGUUCCUCUACGGGGCCCACGUGUACAUCUUGGAACACGCGAAGGUCCUCAACCGGACCCUCCUGAGCGCCCUCGGCCUCCUGACGUUCUUCAACAGGGCCCACCUGUACACCUUGGGCCACACGAAGAGCCUCAACGGGCACCGGCUAAGCGCCCUCGGCCUCCUGAAGUUCCUCGACGGGGUCCCCUUCGUAAAGUGGGUGCCCGUUGGGGGCACCCGCGAUCCAUUGCCGGCAGACCGCGCGCUCGUGGCGUUCACAGUCCGUGCCUUACGGCUCUGCCGGACCCUCGGGAUCUUCGUCACCUUCGAGAACCCGCCUGCGAGCCGAGUCUGGAAGUGGCCCGCGUUGCAGCGCGAGCUGCAGCGCCUUGCCUGGCCGAAGGUGCUGUUUGACUCGUGCAGGUUUGGCGCGCCCUUCAAGAAGCCAG